GAAGCUGUGGUCACUUGAGCAACGGUGUGCAUCGGAUUGUGAAGACGACUGCAAGUUGAUAGGCGGACGCACGAAACUCUUCUUAUGCACUUCGUGCUGCCAAACAUCCCAUUGUAAUAGGGACAAAGGAGUCACCAAACCACCACCAAUCUCAAAUAAUCAGACUGGAUCCUAACUGCUUCUAAUCUUCUUUCUAUUUUGGCCAUUGUUUCACUGUUCUUUUGUUGGUGACUCUGAAUCUGCGAUACAUAUCUAUUUCGAUGCCAAACAAACACACUUUUCUUACUUCUCACAAGACCCAAACGUUAAUUAACGUUCAACACUUAUAAACAAGUACCGAAAUAAACUGAUCACAUUUUUGACAUAUCGCAUUUGACACAUUGGGCCUAGCUGUCAACGAAGCACGUGGAUUGACAUGAAGUGACUUUUGUAGUAAAUUGUACACAUUUCAUCGUUUCUGUUGCUGCAAAGUGCCGACAAAACACGAUGGCGAAAAAGGUGAAAAUUAGUGGCGUGAAGCGAUCGCAGCACAUAAAACAUAAGAAAAAUUUUGCACGACCGGGCAAAAAGAAGGAUAAUGUGAAAAACAACAAAAAUACCGAAAAACAAUUGGCUGCGAGUAAAAAAGUGUUCGGCAAACCAAUCGGACAGAAGGUGAAUAAAAGUAAAGUCCAGAAAGUUGAAGCGGUUCAGAACGGCGCUGGACCGAAAAAAGGUAAAAAGGGAAAAAAUGUUUCACAGUCUGAGAAGCCGAUGGAAAAUGGCAAUUCGGCUAACAAUGAGAAUGAAAUGAACGAAGAAGAUCUUCAAGAUUUGCUUGAUAUGAUCGAAGAUGAGGACGACGAACUGUUGAAUCGGUCGAAAAAACGCAAGCGAGAUACAGAACAAGGUGACGAUGAAGCUGGCCAAUUCGAACAGGAAUACGCUCAUCAACGCAAUGUUGAAAAAUCGAAAAAGAUGCGAACCGUCGACCUGUUGCCGAUUAAAACAAAAAGCGGUGAACUCAUUACGAGAUCAACAGAGGUUGAAAUUAAGGAAAAGCCCAAAGUAGAGCCUGAAGAUGAUGGAGAAGAAAGUGAAGAAGAGGAAGUUGUCGACUCAGAUGAUGAUAUUGUCAACGAUCUUCAGGGCGAACAAAAUGACUUGGCAGCAGCUGUUAAGGAUAAGGCUAUUUCCACGGCAGAUUUGCUCAUUUUGCGUGAUCAAGAGAUCAAUCGACAAAAAUAUCGCAUUGGUAUCAUUUGCUCGGGCUUGCUGGAGAAGCCAGAGGAUAAAAUGAAAAAUUUCAACGCUCUGUUUGAGUUGAUGGACGAACGACACAAUGACACACCAAACCUGUUCAGCGUUCGCAAAAUCGCAACAAUGUCAUUGCUGGAGGUUUUCAAGGACAUUUUGCCCGAGUAUCGAAUCGGACAAAUUGAUUUAAAAACACAAAAAGUAAAAAAGACAACAAUGGAGCGGGUGACAUAUGAAGAUGCACUGCUCAUGCAUUACAAGAAGUAUUUGCAGAAACUCGAGAAAUUGACCAGUGGCAUUUCGAAAGGUCAGCGCAAAACGUCCCAAGAAUAUCGGAAAAUGGCUGAAAUAGCGACAACUUGCUUGUGUGAAUUGGUCGUAGCACAUCCAUAUUUCAAUUUUGCACAAAACAUCGCCCAACUCUUGGUGUAUUUGUCGAACUGUAACAUUCUCACCAUUCGUACCAAAGUGAUGGAAUGCUUCCAACAAUUGUUCCGCGAAGACUCGAAAUUUGAUUUGUCACUUUUUGUCGUUCGUCGUUUGAAUCAUCUCAUCAAAGCCAAAUCAAAUAUGGUUCAUGUUGAGGUGCUCAGAUGUCUGUUGGCCCUUCAAAUCAAAAGCAUCAAUUUGGACGAUGAAAAGGAGAAAGAACUGAAGCAAAAGAAGAUGGAGGCACAAAAAUCGCGUCUGAUCAAUAUGUCGAAGAAAGAGAAAAAAAGAAUGAAGAAAUUGAAAGAAGUGGAAAAAGAGCUGCAGGAAGCCAAAGCGGAAGAGAACAAACAGUCGAAAACGUCCAAAUUGACCGAAAUCACCAAAAUGGUGUUCACGAUACUGUUUCGUAUUUUGAAGAAUGACCCAAGCUCACAGUUGUUGAGCGCGUGUUUGGAGGGACUGGCAGAAUUUGCCCAUACGAUCAAUUUGGAUUUCUUCUCCGAUUUGGUCGAGGUGUUGCAUCACAUAAUGGAAACGGCUGAGCUCGGCUAUCGCGAGCAGUUGCAUUGUGUGCAAACCGUGUUCACCAUCCUUUCGGGUCAAGGAGAAGUAUUGAAUAUAGAUCCACUCCGAUUCUAUGGCCAUCUUUAUCGUAAUUUGCUGGUUUGUAGUGCUGGUAAAAAUCAUGAUGAUUUCCAAAUCAUUUUGAAAACUUUGAUCGAAGUUUUGGUGAAACGACGCAAGAAUAUCUCGCAAUCGCGAAUGAUGGCUUUUAUUAAGCGAAUUGUCACGCUGAGUCUGCAGUUGUUAAGCAAUGGAACGGUUGCCUCCUUGGGCAUCGUAAAAAGCGUUAUGCAAGCAACGUCAUCAUUUGAGAUUCUUUUGGAUGCGGACACAAGCAUCGGUUCGGGUAAAUACGAUCCGGAACUAGAUGAUCCAGAGUAUUGUAAUGCCAAUUGCACUGCAUUGUAUGAGUUGGCCGCUUUGCUACGGCAUUAUCACCCAAUAGUAAGAAAGGUAGCCAAUCACAUUGCACAUGGAGUACCAGGAACGGGAGAAGGAUCACUGGCUCCAGAAUUUAGCAAAUUAACACCCGUCGAAUGGUUCAAGAAAUUCGAUUGUUCAGCGAUGGCAUUUGACCCACCUAUUCCACCACCGAAACCAGUUGAUCUGAACAAGCCAAUGAAGAAACUCAAAGGAAAAUUCAACUAUCUAAAUGAAGAUGUUGAAAGUGCUGUGAAUGAAUCGCUAGCCACACCAGUUCAAUCCCAGGGCCAUUUAUUAGAUUUCUACCAAGAGAUACGAUCGCAUUUGACAAACAAUGAAAACCAAUAGACUCGAUAUUCGGUUCAAAAAGAGAUAAACAUUUUUUUAUUCAAUAAACAUUGUAUGUUAGAAAAAACUUGAAUAUUUUUUAUAAGUAAAAAUAUAUUAUUGAAAUGAUUAAAUGAUUA